AUGUCGUCCACUGGAUUUGAUCCACCUCUUCCCGGCUCCUCUUUCUUCAAUAUAUACAACGAUGCGGAACCCGCCCGAAACCCAGUCGACCUGCCAGCUGGAGGAUGCAACUUCGUGGACUUGACACCCGGUGCUAACGGGACAAAGUGUGGAUGCCGUCGUUUUUGGAGCCGCUUCGCCGCUGGGAGGGCCUACGCUGACAACCUGGGCUCCGAUCACUCCGCCUGGUGUAUGUGUAGCCACCAUGCCUGCUAUCAUGAUGAUGACCGCGCUCCCGAGACUCCUACGUCUGCUCGUCCCACUCUUGGCCAGGAAAAUGAGAGACCCAAGGUAGCCCGGGAGCCCUUAAGUCCAGUGGUUCAGGAAGCAUCUUUCCGUUUAACUACCGGGUUGCCCGACCCCCUGGACUUCUUGAAUCAGGAUGCCUCCAGACAAGGUAACCUGCCCAGCCAACAAGCAAGCUCCGGGUUGCCAGAUACGUUACGUUGGGGAGGCUCGGUCCAGCAGUCUCAGCCGGCCAACUCGGCGCUGCCUCCCAUCCCGCCGCAAUGUUUGAUUGCCUCCCAAAUCAGCUCGACCACGUCUAGUCAAUCUCGCUAUCUCCGCCCCUUCGCCGGAAGGGGCCUCCGGACACUAAGUGGUGUCGCCCAGUCUAAUCCCAGGUCCCCACUCCAGGAUAAGUCCCAGGAUAUCCAGGCAGCAACAACAGCCGCUCAGCAGGAUGCCGGUGGAGACCACACUAUGCUCGAAGCUGACGAUCCUCCUCUGUCGGCUGCCAACACACCUCGCGGCCGCCCACAAGACCCGAUUAUUGAGGAUAGGCCGGCCUCCGAUAUAUUCGGAGGACCCUCACGGCAAACUUUCCAGCACUUAUCGGACACCGUUCAAGGGCAUGAGCAGCGCCUAGACCGCUUAGAAAACGUCUCCUUCUCGGCCGGGGGACACGACGAAUGUCACGACAAGCAUGACUCGACAGACCUCCGCGUUACCGAUCUUGAAGUGCGAGUCGAAGAAGUCGAGAGGCUUUUGAACGACACGAGCAGCAACGGGACCGCGCGUCAAGUCCGUCGUCGCCCGGGCGCUGAUGAGUCUACAAACAGUGUCGUCUCCGUUUCGACCAACGCCACCUCCCGAGCCGCCGAAUCCAGCGAAGUCUUCAGUCAUCUUCAGUCGCUGCAAUCACAGAUUCUCCAGCUCCGCACAUAUAUGCCGUCGUACAUGCAUGCCUGGGAGGUAGAAGUCGUUUUUCUCCCUUUCCCACUGAGGCGUAUAUGGCAGGAGAGGUACGACUUUAAGACGGAACUCACCCUCCAUAUGGACGAGUGGACGCAGCUGCCCAACACACAUAGUGCCGCGAGCAUGAGGGCACAGUCUCCGUUUUGCGGCGACUGGGCCGAGGCCGGCCGGGACCACGACUGGCUCCUGCCUAAAGCUUGUGGCCCUCGCAGCAUCAUCGAUAAGCGUCUGAGGAGCCGUGGCCUCGUCAGGACCAUCUCGGUCAAGGGCCCCGACGCUAGGAGUGUUCAGGCGGCCAUCCAUGCUGCCUUUGGCGACAACUUGUCGGACAUGUCGGCUGCGGCGCCACCACCUGCAUCCCGGCGUCGAAGCGUCGACGGCAAGAUUGCCAGGUUUCUCGGUCUACAGAACCCAUGGGUACCACUUCGCAAGAUUCACAAGGACUCUCGUCUCCGUUUUCUGGCACCGGCCGAGAUGGUCACGCCAGCGCUCUGGGAUGCAACCUUUCUGAAUUCCGUGGUAAUGCGGUCAUCCGAGCCACGGCUUUUCAUCACGCACCCGGAGGCCUACCUGCAAGACGCGCACGCAUUUAACUCGGGCUGGACAUGGCAGAAAAUCCGCGAGUUGAGCCGAGUCUAUCCCGACUCCUCCCAUUCAGCGGCAGCACUUCAAGUCCCAGAGGCCGAUGCUCUCGAGGACUACUGGAAUUGGAACGAGCAGCUGGACGAGCCCGCCAGUGCUCAGUCCUCACUCAACCUCCGCCAAGCCAGACAGCGCAUCUCUCUCUCGCCGUCUCAGCACUUCUUCACCUUGAAGUCGUCUCUGCGCUCUCCCAGCCCCUUCGUCUCCCGCCGACAGACACCGUCCGUAAGGGAACCCCAAGUGUCUCGACCCCUUCGCAUCCGCACUACUUCCAUGCCUCCAUCGGCCCUGAAAUCCUUCUCGCCAUCCAUAGCAAAACGCCGGGUCGCGUCCUAUGGUCAGCAGCGGAACGAAGGCGGUUCUGCCCAGGGCCAUGCCCUCAGUAGCCCUUCUGCUGCCACGGCUCUCAAGCGGAAGCGGACUCGCUCACCCAGCCGCCCCCGCAACACUCCUCGUUGGACGGCCUCCCCUAGCCCGGCGCUGGCUGGGUUUAUCAGUGACGAGUGGCCGCCACAUCAUCAGGCUCGUGGAGUGACGCCGCUUUAUUAUGCCACGCCCUUCAGUAACGCGCCGCCUACCGACGCUCGGCCGCGACACAAUCCCGCUAUGGGGGAUGGUGAUACGUCCGACGGGCAUGACGAGGAAGACGUAGACGUCGGCAGCACUACCCCCCACCACGACCAUGGCGAUGGCAUGAGCCAUUUUGACGGCGAUGCACGGGCUCGGGGGAUGCUUGUGGAGAAUUCCCGUGACGUGCUGCAGCCUCGGCAGCUGCAGCCCGAGGAUGAGCCAUGGCCGGGCAUCGAAGACCUGGACCACGUCUCUGACGGGGAGAACAUCGAUCCCUUGUUCUCCCCCGCUGCAGAGGAUGAUGACGACGCCACCUCUGUCGCCAGCAGCCAGCCGUCGGAGUACCCCAGCACAAACCGGGGAUGGGAAUUACCCGGCGCCGAUCACGACAUGGACUUUGACAUUCACGAGGACGAUGACCGAUCAUAA